AUGGUAUGCACCAACGCACUCUUUUCUAUUAGCCUAAGCCUCUUCUCUAACUUGCUUGCCUACUAUGAAACUACAGUAGAUGGAAAUGGUUCCUGCCUCACUGAAUCCAUGUGGCAAUUGAAUGGGAUAGGACUUGCCAUAAUUACACCAGCUAUUCUGUCCCUUGUUGCUAAUUCUACUGAUGACAGAAAUCGAGCCAUUCCUUUAGCAGCAAUAUUGCUGCUUGUAUUGCCUGAUGAUCCUUCAACUGUGUUUAUCCAUGGCUUGGUUUUAUUCAUCAUGGGAUUAAUCAUAUCCUGGAAUGCUGCAGCUACGAACAAUCCAAUAUUUGCAGAGAUAGUUCCAGAGAGAUCUCGAACGAGCAUCUACGUUUUGGAUCGAUCCUUUGAAUCCAUAUUAGCAUCAUUUGCUCCUCCUAUAGUUGGAAUUUUGUCUCAGCAUGUAUACGGUUACAAACCUGUUACAAAAGGAGCAACAGAUUCUCAAGAGAUUGAAACAGAUAGAGAAAAUGCUACAGCACUUGCCAAGGCACUCUACACAGCGAUUGGCAUUCCACUGGCUAUCUCAUCAUUUGCUCCUCCUAUAGUUGGAAUUUUGUCUCAGCAUGUAUACAGUUACAAACCUGUUACAAAAGGAGCAAUAGAUUCUCAAGAGAUUGAAACAGAUAGAGAAAAUGCUACAGCACUUGCCAAGGCACUCUACACAGCGAUUGGCAUUCCACUGGCUAUCUGUUGCCUCAUCUACUCCUUCUUAUACUCUACUUAUCCAAGAGAUAGGGAAUGGGCAAGAAUGGAUUCCUUAAUAGAAUCAGAAAUGCAAGAGAUGGAGAUGGACAAUCCUUCAGGACAAGUAUACUCCCAAACUCGUAUUUCACAAUCAGAUGAGCUACAUGGAAAAGAGAGGAGUGUGAUUGAAAUCGGUUACGAAAAAGGGGAAAGCCUUGAUUUUGAUGAAAAUGAUGAGAACAGACUCCUUUCCCAUCAGCUCACAUUUUCAUAUCUUGGCAAAUAUGACUCUGGGAAUGCAGCAAGCUAA